AUGCCAGCAGCUGCAUCUGUGAUGGCUCUGUCGGGAUGUAUUGGUGGUAGUCUGCGAAAGCGUUUGUCGGCGGUGCGCAAUGAAUUGGAACAGGGUGAUUCGGAGGCUGCUCGGCACGCCUACGCGGAAUAUGUGAAAUAUCUUCGCGAGGCCAAGGCCAUCGCCAGUCCAGUAAUCGUGUUUCUCGUGUUGUGGGUGGGUGUUUUGCAUCUAUCGAAAUGUAUGACCUUGCUGGAGUUCACAUGUAAAAAAGAAUCGAAGAGCGAAUGUGGGGUUUUCUCCGAAUAUUCAUCUUUCUUUGGGUAG